CAACAGGAAUUCCUAUUAAGUUUAAAGGUACCUAAGACUUCCAGAUAUCUCCAUUAUCUCCAGUAAGGACUUCACUAAGAACUACAAAUGAUUGAACCUGGAGGAUGUUUUUUAGGUUACAUUUGCUACAGUUUAUAUGGUGUUUCACGUAGUGGUUGUUACAAAGGUAGAUAAAGGACAUUAAAAACAGAACUUUUGUAAUAGGAUAUAAAUGAGAAAAGAGCUUAGGAAUGUGGAAAAAAAAAUGUUUCCUUCACUCUCUAUUAUUUCUGACAACAGCAUGUAAUCAUAUACAAUAUAGGUCUACAUAAAGUAAGCUUCCUGGACUCAGUAUAUAUAAGUUCCUUCCAGGUAGUCUGACAUCAAAUGACAGCUUUGGUUGUAGAUAAGCAUUUCAUUCUGUCUGUCAUUCUUCCUAUGGGUUUAUGUAAAAUUAGUUGUGUGGAUUGAUUCAAUGAAUGAAUGGAUACUUGUGAAAAGCAAAUGCCUAUUGGUUCGGGGUAUACAUUUGGAAUCAACAGAAACGUCAUUUUCCCCCAAGUCUUAAGAAAGGAUGUUCUGUCACCCAUCAGUCAGCGGUGACUUAAUUUUGAUGGAGCGCUCUUGUUUGCUCUUCAUGCUAAAUCCUGAAGCUGCUUCUAUGGAAAUCGAUCCGCUCUCAGUUUCCAGACUUUGGGGUUGAAAUUGACGCCCAUCCCACGGAAACCAAAUUGGAAGAGCAAUGUUGAGAAGGGCCCAGAAUGGGACUUCGGGCUCCAAACAGGUGAAUCCGGGAUGCAAACCUCCUUCCCCGUCAGUCACUUGACCCACACUUCCGCAGACGCCCUCGCCUCAGUUUCGGCUGCUUUAGCUGUUCCCGCUUAAAGUAGCCAAUUUGCUCACCGCCCAGGAAAAACAACAACAGGUUAUUGGAAGGAUAUCAACCAAACGCCAGGCACGUCACGACCGCCACGUUCCUUUCAAAAAUGUAACACGGUUUACUCCCAAAAGGUUGGGUCGGCGAUGGCCUCGGCUUGAAUAAGAGAAACCGUGGGGGGAAAGGCCGCCUUAGCUGGCGGCCUGAACACAAGGCGAGCUGUCUCCGUUUCUCACACUUCAUCUUUGGCUGCGCGUCAGAAGCUGUGCGGCAGUUCAGUGGAAGGGAAACCCAUCGGCCAAAGCGAGCGCCCGCCUCUUGCUCGGUGGCGGUUUCGCCCGCUCGGAUCGCCUAUUGAUCUCUCUCUCUCUCUCUCUCUCUCGCCCCCCUCCUUUCGCUUUCCUCCUAGGUUCGCCCGGCUGGCCAAGGCGCCCGCAACCUCCGUCUUUGGAUUUCUCCCGGAUUCCUCUCUUCCCUCCUUCCGCUCCCGCUCGCCCGGCUACCAUGGAUGUCCCACCAUUCCUUGCAGUCGAAGGCUGCUCCUUGGCGCAGUGAAUGAAGAGCAUGCAGGCUAGGCUGGCGGCGCCGGGAAGCGGAGAGUCCCUUGCCUCCGUUGUGACCAUGCCGUGAUCGCGUCUCAGGGCCAGGCACUUUUUACUACGGCUCCUCCUCGGCGCUUUACCCGACCGCGGGGGAAACCUGACGCUUGAAGCAAAGGGGGCCGGCGAGGGAAGCGGCGCGGGUGUGCGUAGGAAACACCAUGAAGAUUAUUUCCCCGAUUCUAACUCAUCCAGUCUUCAGAGGCACCGCUCGGCUCCUGCUUUGCUUAAUGUGGAUUGGAUAUUCUCAAGGCACCACACAUGUGUUGAGAUUCGGGGGUAUUUUUGAAUGUGUGGAAUCUGGUCCAACUGGAGCAAUGGGAGCAGAAGAAUUGGCCUUCCGAUUUGCUGUGAACACAAUCAACCGAAACAGAACCCUGCUGCCAAAUACCACACUAACAUAUGACACUCAGAAAAUUAAUCUCUACGAUAGUUUUGAAGCAUCUAAAAAAGCUUGUGACCAGCUCUCAUUGGGAGUAGCAGCUAUCUUUGGCCCUUCCCAUAGCUCUUCAGCAAACGCAGUGCAAUCCAUCUGCAAUGCACUGGGGGUUCCACAUAUACAGACCCGCUGGAAGCAUCAGGUUUCAGACAACAAAGACUCAUUUUAUGUCAGCCUUUAUCCAGAUUUUUCUUCACUCAGUCGUGCCAUCCUUGACCUUGUGCAAUUCUUCAAGUGGAAAACUGUCACAGUGGUUUAUGAUGACAGCACAGGUCUCAUUCGAUUGCAAGAACUUAUUAAGGCUCCAUCAAGGUACAAUUUGCGUCUAAAAAUUCGCCAAUUACCCUCUGACACCAAGGAUGCCAAGCCCUUGCUCAAGGAGAUGAAAAGGGGCAAAGAAUUCCACGUCAUCUUUGACUGCAGUCACGAGAUGGCAGCAGGUAUUUUAAAACAGGGUUUAGCAAUGGGGAUGAUGACAGAAUACUACCAUUACAUCUUUACUACACUGGAUCUCUUUGCUCUUGAUGUGGAGCCUUAUCGGUAUAGUGGAGUAAACAUGACUGGUUUCAGGAUUUUAAAUACAGAAAAUACCCAGGUGGUGUCCAUAAUUGAAAAGUGGUCCAUGGAAAGGUUGCAAGCUCCUCCAAAACCCGAUUCAGGUUUGCUGGAUGGAUUUAUGACGACAGAUGCAGCUUUAAUGUAUGAUGCUGUUCAUGUGGUGUCGGUUGCUGUCCAGCAGUUUCCACAGAUGACUGUCAGUUCAUUACAGUGUAAUCGCCAUAAACCAUGGAGGUUUGGGACCCGCUUUAUGAAUCUAAUUAAAGAG